CCGCCGCGUCCCCCGAGUCUGCGGGCGGCGCCGAGGCCGAGGGGCGCUCGCUGCAGCACAUGCUGCGCGCCAUAGCCGAGGAGCGCGGCCGUCUCAGCCUGCGCCGCGAGGUCUGCGGCCUCGGGUGCUUCAGGGAUGACCGCAUCGCCUUCUGGACCUGGAUGUUCUCCACCUACUUCCUGGAGAAGUGGGCCCCACAGCAGGACGACAUGCUUUUCUACGUGCGCCGGAAGCGGGCAUUCGCGGGCAGCGAGGGCAGCACCGACGGGGGCAAGCCGGCUGACGCGGAGCCUGAGGUGGAGGUGGAGGUGUACCGGCGUGACUCCAAGAAGCUGCCAGGCCUCGGAGACCCUGACAUUGACUGGGAGGAGAGUGUCUGCCUGAACCUCAUCCUGCAGAAGCUGGACUACAUGGUCACCUGUGCCGUGUGCACGCGCUCCGACGGGGGGGACAUUCACAUCCACAAGAAGAAAUCCCAGCAAGUGUUUGCAUCGCCCAGCAAGCACCCUAUGGACAGCAAGGGGGAGGAGUCCAAGAUAAGCUACCCCAACAUCUUCUUCAUGAUCGACAGCUUCGAGGAGGUGUUCAGCGACAUGACAGUGGGAGAAGGGGAGAUGGUGUGCGUGGAGCUGGUGGCCAGUGACAAGACCAACACGUUCCAAGGGGUCAUCUUUCAGGGCUCCAUCCGCUACGAGGCGCUCAAGAAGGUGUACGACAACCGAGUGAGUGUGGCUGCUCGCAUGGCACAGAAGAUGUCCUUCGGCUUCUACAAGUACAACAAUAUGGAGUUUGUGCGCAUGAAGGGGCCCCAGGGCAAGGGCCACGCUGAGAUGGCCGUCAGCCGCGUGUCCACUGGGGACACGUCCCCCUGUGGCACUGAGGAGGACUCCAGUCCAGCUUCGCCCAUGCAUGAGCGGGUGACCUCCUUCAGCACGCCCCCGACCCCCGAGCGCAACAGCCGGCCCACCUUCUUCUCGCCGUCCCUCAAGAGGAAGGUGCCACGGACCCUGAUGGCCGAGAUGAAGAAGUCGCAUUCGGCCAACGACAGCGAAGAGUUCUUCCGGGAGGAAGACAGCCGAGCUGACCUGCACAACGCUACCAAUCUGAGGUCGAAGUCCCUGUCUGGCACGGGACGGUCCCUGGUGGGUUCCUGGCUGAAGCUGAACAGAGCAGAUGGAAACUUCCUUCUCUAUGCACACUUAACCUAUGUCACGUUGCCACUGCAUCGGAUUUUAACAGACAUCCUGGAAGUACGGCAGAAGCCCAUCCUGAUGACCUAGCAGUGUGCGGAGCCCGAGCAGCGCCACCAGCCCUGCCCGGCAUGCCCAGCCCUGGGAGUGCUGCCAAGUGCCUACCUGUGCCACCGCCCCCGGGCUCUUCUGUGACAACCCAGCGCUGGAGCUGGGCCAGGGCGGGGCCGACUUGGCCCCCAGGGCCCGGGCCAACUCCAUGAACACCAGCCCAAACUGAAGUGCCUCUCUCCUCCCUGCUGGCUCUGCCCCUGCCCCGUGCUCACCACCCGUCACCCCCCAGCCCAUCUCUGGAGAGCCCUGUGCACCUGGCGGGGACCAGAGUCCCAAGAGGGCAUUAGAGAGCACAAGAGGGAGCAGCCGGCGUCCAGAACAUGUCCAAACGCACGAGUCCUGUGGCCGCAUCCCAACAGACAACAGCGGAACCCCCGGCUGGAGCACUCGGAGCUUUGUCAAGGAACGCCCAUGUAAGGUUUUGAAGCGCCGUGUGGAUGAGCGUCAGCCGCCCAGUUGGUCUGCCCGCCCUCCCUGGCUCACCACUUGGGUGUUGGUGGGUUCCCACGGGGAGACAGGGAACACAGAGGUGGACCGUUUUGCCCUGGGCUGGGAAUACCUCACCCCACGCUCGGUUCCAGAAAGGCCCGAUCCCCACCAGAAUGGCCUUCUGCUUCCAGCCAAAGAACACCGCCAACACACACACCUCCAGUUUGGAGACCUCCCGUGGGGGCCUCACUGGAGGGGCCACCGGGUCUGGACCUGAGGGCGGGCGGGAGGGCCUGGCAGCCAGGCAGGA